AUGUUGUCUUUGCUGGUACUCCUGGCACCACUGGUGGCAGCUCAUGGUCACGUCGAAAAGGUGAUUGCCGAUGGCGUUACCUAUCAAGGCUGGAACGCUGCGUUGAGGUAUCAGAAUCCCAUUCCUGCAACUGUCGGCUGGCAAGCAGACAACCUCGACAACGGCUUCGUCGAACCCAGUCGCUUUGGAAGCGCAGAUAUCGUCUGCCACAAGCUCGGGAAGAGCAAUGGCGCCUAUGUCGCUGUUAAGCCAGGCAGCAAAGUAACCUUCCAGUGGGACACAUGGCCCGUCUCCCACGCUGGCCCAGUCCAAGAAUACAUAGCCCCUUGCAACGGCGACUGCGGCUCCGUAACCCCAACCUCCCUCCGAUGGACCAAGGUCCAAUCCAGCGCCUAUAAAUCUGGUAGUAACCCAGGGAACUGGGUCACCGACGACCUGAUCAAGAACAACUUCAGCUGGGAUCUCACAAUCCCCAACCUCGCACCGGGCAAGUACGUCGUCCGGCACGAAAUCAUUGCCCUGCAUGCGGCCGGACAGCCCAACGGCGCCCAGGCCUACCCGCAGUGCAUCAAUAUCGAGGUUGGGGGCAGUGGCACUGUCAAGUUGGAUGGGGGAGUCCCAGCUACGAGCUUUUAUAAGGCGACGGACCCGGGGAUUGUGUUUUCGCUGUAUAGGUCGUUUGAUGGGUAUCCGAUUCCCGGGCCGGAGGUGAAGAAGUUGGCGAAGCGAGGGGAGGCAAACAAGUCACUUCCCCUAGAGUUCAUUCUCACCUUCACCCAUCCCCCGCUAGUCAUAUUACCGCUCACCACCCAUCUCACUGCGAAAUCCAAGCUGCUCCUUUGCCUUUCCACAGUAUAUACAACAACAAACUUACAGUCCCCAAACAACACCACCGCCUCCAUCAUGGUCACGCCGACACCCCAAUUAACCCUCUCGAUCUCACCACCACCACACCUGCUCCUCUCCCCUCCACCCAAUCAUCCAACCCGCACCGCUUCAAUGACCCCACCGCCCAUCCAAACUGUCCGACCAACCGCACCAGCGACAAACAACGCCGUAUCCCCAACCUAUCACACGUUCGCCGCAGAGCACGCUGCUCCCUCCCCCCUCGCACACUCAGUUUUACAUUCAUCUCCACACGACCAGCAGCAUGACCACAUCGACCCCAUCUCACCAUCCACAUACACAACAUCGCCAAUGACUCCGACAUCACCAGUCCUGACGCCCGUCUCACCUCGCGCAGAACUCGCAUCACCGAUUGUAUCUGCCCGGCUUGCGUUUCCCUUGCCGCCACUGCCUGUAUACAAUACGGCUGCCCAGGAGACGGAGAUUGGGACUGCAGCUACGACGGCGACGGCGACAGAAACCAGGAACAACAUGCAACAGACACAGUGUUGCACAGCUUUCCCCAAUGCCUUACCUCCGCGCCCGCAGCGGAAGAAGGCGGGUAUGAUUAAGCGAUUGUUUGAGCGGAGAGGGGAGCGGGGUGGACAUGGAGAUGGGGAUGUGGAAAUGGGGGAUAUGGCUGGUAGGACGAGUGUUGUUGUUUCUGCUGGGUCUGGCCAUCGGGAUAAUCGUUAUCGUGCGCAGAGCACUACAACCGGCACACUCACCACCCCUAUCCUGAUGCCUACCAACGGUCCCUCAAUCGGUCCCUCGAAUGCUACCACUGGUCGCCGCUACAGCAUGUACCGUCGUCUCGGGAUAUUGCUUGUCGCGGCGUUGGUGUCGUGUGUGCUGCUGUUUGCGAUUGUGGGGCUGGUGUUGUAUUUGGUGAAGUAUAGGAGGAAACAGGAGGGGGGCCCUGGUCUUGUUGCGGGCGGGAAGGGAGCUGGGGAGAGUGGGAAGGGGGUUGGUGAGAGUUAUAGUGGUCUUGCGGAGAGUGAGAAUGGGAUUAUGGAGGUGCUGACGAGGAUUGGCGGGGUUGGUGGGUGA